AUGACAAGAUGGACGCAGAUUCAAAGGCAACGCAAUGGACAGAGUAACUCAAUCAACACAGAUAUGACAUCAAGAAAGGAGUCCAUGCCUUUAAUUGACCAGUUCUUUAUGUUCCUGGUGAAACUGCGGUUAGGUUUAUUUCAACAAGAUCUUGGUGUUCGCUUUGGUGUUUCCCAGUCAACAGUGAGCAGGAUUAUCAUCACUUGGGCCAAUUUCUUGUAUUUUCAACUUGGUUCUUUACCAAUAUGGCCAUCAAGAGACCAAAUUGACAUGCACAUGCCGGAAUGUUUUAAAGCGAUGUAUCCCAAAACCAGAGUUGUCUUGGACUGCACUGAACUAAAAAUACAAACACCAUCAGCCAUGUCUCUGAACUCAGAGUUUUACUCUUUUUAUAAAGGGACAAAUACCUUCAAAGGACUGAUAGGGAUCUCCCCUAUGGGAAGUGUGACUUUUGUAUCGUCUGUGUUUGCUGGCUCAAUUUCCGACAAAGAAAUUACGAAACAGUCGGGAAUUAUACCACUGCUUGAAGCUGGAGACAGUGUGAUGGCGGACAAAGGAUUUCUGAUUAGUGAUUUGGUUUCCACCCGGGGUGCAACACUGAACAUACCGCCAUUUUUAAGUAAGCGUGAUCAGUUUACCAAAGAGGAGGUUGAGGAAACCCAAGAAAUAGCUCGUGUCAGGAUUCAUGUCGAAAGAGCAAUUCGACGAAUUAAAGAGUAUCACAUUUUUGAUGCUCCUUUGCCAACUGCAUUGGCUGGGUCAGCUCUUCAAAUCUGGACUGUGCGUUGUCUCUUGACACUGUUCCGUGGUCCAUUAUUCUAA